UAUAUUAUAUUAAAUAAUCUGCAGCACGCCGCUUGCGGUACAAGAGUAGUAUCUCAUCAGUUGAACCAAAGGAGAUGGCCGCAGACCAAAAUCAUUGGAGGCUCGACUACUCCAUACGGAGCAUAUCCUUGGCAGGUAGAAUUACAAGCAUACAAAGAUGGAUGGGAACAUCACUGCGGAGGAGCAUUAAUUUCCGAGACUAUAGCCUUAACGGCCGCCCAUUGCUUGAAAGACUUUAAAAAAUCCCAACUGCGUAUUAUUGUUGGUAAACAUAAUUUAGCAAAAAACGAUAAACAUGAAAAAACAUAUAGAGUACAAAAGGCAUUAGUACAUCCUGAAUUUAGAAAAGACGGACCACACAGCCACGACAUAGCGAUAUUAAAAAUUAAUUCAUUGAACAGUAAAGGAGUAAAAUUUGAUUCGCACGUGCAACCAAUAUGUUUGCCGGAUUACUAUACGAAACCCAAAGACGUAGAUUGGUGUACCGUAACCGGCUGGGGAGCACAAAAACAAGACGAUAUGACAAGUUUAUCCAAAGUGUUGCAAGCUGCGUCAGUACCCCUGCUAGAUUUGGAAACCUGCCGACACGAAGAUGUAUAUGGAGGUCGACACCAGUUCAUAUUGGACAGUAUGUUAUGUGCGGGAAGUUUAGAAGGAGGAGUAGACGCUUGUGGAGGUGAUUCUGGAGGACCACUGGCCUGUCAAGUGAAUGGAAAAUUUAUAUUGACAGGUGUGGUAUCGUGGGGUGAUGGAUGCGGCAAAAAAAAUAGGCCUGGUGUGUACACACGUGUGUCAUACUACACAGAGUGGUUAAAAAAAGUUAUGACAGAACUAGAGAAUAGUUGAACUACUUGAUAAAAAAAAACUCAGUGAUUCUUUGAAGUAUAAUUAAAUUUUAUAAUGUAGAAUAAAAUUGUAUGUAAUAUAUAUGUAAAUUGUUAUAAUGUACAUAUUACCUAUAUAUUUUUUGUAAAUAAUGUAAAUCAUGCAAAUUAAAUAAUGUACAGCUAUUGAAUAUUUGAAUAUAAUAUUAUAUACAGCUAUAGACUAUAGUUAUAACAAAGCAAUAUGUAAAUAUGAAAUAAUUAAAAUUGUACU